GAAUCUGAGAACCUGUGUGACAAGCUGCUUCUAAGACAAAGGAUGAACUUGUUGUCUCAGAUGUCUGCUACUCCAAUAGACUGCUUAUUUAAGCAUAUUGCUUCAGGUAACCAGGAGGAAGUGGAGCGAUUACUGAGUCAAGGUGACAGUGAUAAGGACACUGUACAAAAAAUGUGUCAUCCCCUCUGUUACUGUGACAAAUGUGAGAAGCUAGUUUCUGGGAAACUGAAUGAUCCUUCCAUUAUCACUCCAUUUUCCCGAGAUGACCGGGGAUAUACACCGCUUCAUGUAGCUGCUAUUUGUGGGCAAACGUCAUUAGUGGAUUUACUAGUAGCGAAAGGAGCUGUUGUCAAUGCUACAGAUUACCAUGGUUCAACUCCACUUCACCUUGCCUGUCAGAAGGGAUAUCAAAAUGUUACACUUCUUUUGUUGCACUAUAAGGCAAGUACUGAUGUUCAGGACAAUAAUGGAAAUACUCCACUUCAUUUAGCCUGCACUUACGGUCAUGAGGAUUGUGUCAAAGCUUUAGUCUACUAUGAUGUGCAUUCCUGUAGACUAGAUAUUGGUAAUGAAAAGGGAGAUACUCCUCUCCAUAUAGCUGCUCGUUGGGGCUAUCAAGGGAUCAUAGAAGUGCUUUUGCAAAAUGGGGCAAAUCCAGAAAUUCAGAACCGGAUGAAAGAGACUUCCCUGCAAUGUGCAUUAAAUUCCAAGAUUUUGUCAUUGAUGGAAUUAAACUAUUUAACGUUUGAAAGAGGACAGAGUGCUUCUGAGUCACCGCUAAGGUCUCCUCAGCGCUCAACAGAAACUUUCAGCAGAGGAUCAUCUAUCUCAAGCCUCUCAUCAGCAUCAACUGAUAUAAGACAAGAAGAAGUAAAAAAUAGUUACAAAGAGGUGGAAAAACUCCUAAGAGCAGUUGCUGAUGGAGAUCUGGAAAUGGUACGUUAUCUCUUGGAAUGGGUGGAAGAAGACUUAGAAGAUGAGGAUGACACAGCCAGUACAUCAAAACCAGAGUUCUGCCAUCCAUUAUGCCAGUGCUCGAAAUGUGGGCCAGUGCAAAAGAAAUUUGCAAGGAUCUCUGCUAAUGGACUUGGAGUAAAUGUUUCGAACCAAGACGGUUUUACACCAUUGCACAUGGCUGCGCUACACGGACACUCUGAACUUGUCUUGCUCUUGCUAAAACAUGGAGCCAGCAUCAGUGCCAAAAAUGCAAACCAUGCAGUUCCUCUUCACCUCGCCUGCCAGAAAGGUCACUUCCAGGUGGUGAAGUGUCUGAUGGAUUACGAUGCUAAACAAAAUAAAAAGGAUAUAUAUGGAAAUACUCCUUUAAUUUAUGCAUGCUUGAAUGGUCAAUAUGAGACAACUGCCCUGUUGUUACAGCAUGGAGCUUCUGUCAACCUUUCUAAUGCCAAAGGCAAUACAGCGCUGCACGAGGCCGUGAUAGGCAAGAACGAAGCCCUGGUGGACCUGCUGCUUCAGAACGGUGCCGUGACGCACAUAAGGAACGAAAGGAACUGUACCCCUGCAGACUGCGCUGAGCCGAAUUCAAAUAUCACUAAGUUGCUGGAAACAGCACCAAGCUAUGUACCUACAUCAGCAGAGAGAGAAAAGGAGUGUGAGCAGCAUGCUACUAUCAAGAUAAGAAAAAAAGUGAAUUCUAAGCCAUGUGAGAAAGCUGAUGAUCCCAUAAGCAGACAACUUCAACUGGUCCAAUCAAUUAACAGAUUUAACAAAGCAAAACAUUUACGGAGAACAAUGACAAGAGAUAAAAGUGUCCCUAAUUUUGACUAUCAGUUACUGCAUCAGUUAGCUAUUAAAAGCUUUGAUAAGACCAAGUUAAGAUCUGUUGACAUGCUGGACCAGAGCAAAGUUAAGAUUAUUGACACAGGAUGCAGCAGUGAGUUUGUGAAACAUGACGACAUGCUAGAAGAAGUUCCUCACAGGAGUAAAUUAAUGCACCGGAGACACACUGUUAACGUGCCGCUUUCAGCAGAGACUGUCGGUGAUAACAGCUUAUCCAGCCCUAGAAAUCCAAGUACUUCACCAUCAAGAGACUGCGGUGAUGACUUGUCUUCAAAACAUUGA